AUGGUCCGUAAAAUCAUAGUUGCUGUUUUGAUAUUUAUUUAUAUAGGGUUGUUUAAAGAAUGUAUAGCACAUAGACAUAUGCAUAGUCAUGGAGGUCCUCCUAUAAUCAACCUACCUGCAAAUACUAUUGAGAAUA